CCAGGCAACCAGGGUUGGCAAGUUUCCCAACCGCCGGUUUCUGCCCACUGCUUCUGCGCAUGCGCAAUGCCCUCGCCGCGUUUCUUCAGGACGCGUUCCUCUUGGUAUUUGGUCCGCGGAACUCUCCGUAGUCAGAAGUGUGGCCGAACAAAAGGCGUAAACGGACUGUUGAUUGCUAUUGGUGGGCGCUUCGUGUUCCCGGAACUCAGUGGGCGUCGCGCGAAGGCUGAAGGGAGUGUGGCGGAGGGUCCCGGGAAACCCGAGAGCCGGCAUGCCUCGGUAUGCGCAGCUGGUCAUGGGCCCCGCAGGCAGCGGGAAGAGCACCUACUGUGCCACCAUGGUCCAACACUGUGAAGCCCUCAACCGGUCUGUCCAGGUGGUCAACCUAGAUCCAGCAGCAGAACACUUCAACUACCCUGUGAUGGCUGACAUCCGGGAACUGAUCGAGGUGGAUGAUGUGAUGGAGGAUGAUUCUCUAAGGUUUGGUCCCAAUGGAGGAUUGGUAUUUUGCAUGGAGUACUUUGCCAAUAAUUUUGACUGGCUAGAGAACUGUCUGGGCCAUGUAGAGGACGACUACAUUCUUUUUGAUUGCCCAGGUCAGAUUGAGCUGUACACUCACCUGCCUGUGAUGAAACAGCUGGUCCAGCAACUGGAGCAGUGGGAAUUCCGAGUGUGUGGAGUUUUUCUUGUUGAUUCUCAGUUCAUGGUGGAGUCAUUUAAGUUUAUUUCUGGCAUCUUGGCAGCCCUGAGUGCUAUGAUAUCUCUAGAAAUUCCACAAGUUAACAUCAUGACGAAAAUGGAUCUGCUGAGUAAGAAAGCUAAAAAGGAAAUUGAGAAGUUUCUAGACCCAGACAUGUACUCCUUCUUAAAAGAUUCGACAAGUGAUUUUAGAAGCAAAAAAUUCAAAAAGUUGACGAAAGCAAUUUGUGGACUGAUUGAUGACUACAGCAUGGUUCGAUUUUUACCUUACGAUCAGUCAGAUGAAGAAAGCAUGAACAUUGUAUUACAGCAUAUUGAUUUUGCCAUUCAGUAUGGAGAAGACUUAGAAUUUAAAGAACCCAAGGAACAUGAAGAUGAGUCUUCCUCUUUGUUUGAUGAAUAUUUUCAAGAACGCCAAAAUGAAUGAAGAAUUUACUAAAAAGUAACUGUAUGUGAAGAGCUUGUGGCCAAAUCAGCAGAGAAUGCAAAUCUUCAAAGGAUGCAGUAGUAGACAGCUGCUUUUUUUAAUGAAGGAAAAAAAAAAGAAUACUUGGCCCUUUAUCAGGAGCAUGCCUGAGUCAAGUCCUGAGUUAAAAGUGAAAUCUUGCCAGACACAGUGGUACACACCCUUUAACCCCAAUAGCUGGGAAGGCUGAGAUGGGAGGAUGGAAAGUUCAAGGCCAGUCUUUUCAGGGCUGGAGUGAAGCUUAGUGGUAACAUGAGCAAAGCCCUGAGUGUGAGCCCCAUCACUGCAAAAAAAAAAAAAGGAAUCUUUUAGUGGUAUUCUAACAGCAUCAGUUGAGUUUUUGUUGUUGUUGUUUGGGGUUUUUUUGUUGUUUUUUGUUUUUGUUGUUAAUGGAUAUUAAACCCAGGGGCACUUGGCUACUGAGCUACAUCUCCACCCCUUUUUAUUUUGAGGGGGACAAGUUCUCACUAAGUUGCUGAGAUUGGCCUUGUAGCUGGACUCAAACUUGCAAUCUUCCUGUCAUCGCCUCAUGAGUUAUUGGGAUUACAGGCAUGUGCCACCACACCCAGCAUCAGCUGAGAUUUUAAAUGUCAGAAUUGUAAAGAGGGUUGGGGAUGUAGCACGGUGGAGGAGUAUUUGCCUAGCAUGCACAAAGCCUUGGGUUCAAACCCCAGCACUCAAAAAAUAAAGGGGGGGGGGAAGUGAAUGCACAUAGAUUUGUACAUAAUAUACAUUUGCACCUGGGAUAUAUAUAAUUAAGGACAUUCUAACUUUAUUUUUUGCUUGGAUUUUUGUUAAGGGGGGGGCGUGUUCUUCAGGGGCAUGAAUUACUGUAACAAAAUAUACAUUUGUAUAUCCAAAGGAAAAAUCCACAAGGUUAUAGGGUAUAGAUAAUGCCAUUGAUUAUCUGUAUGUUCUUAUUUUCCUACAUUGAAUAUGUGUUAUUUGUAUAAUUAAAAAUUAAAUGUGGUAUGUACUUGGA